GCGCGCGCGGACGAAAGAGUUUAUUCUGGAUUCUCCGGACGCCUCCAGCGCUGUGAAAUCGGAGGAUCUCUCCAGUUCUGCUUUUGUACCCAAAGCAGUAGGUCUAAUGCGCGCAACAGGACGCAACACUACAGCGCUGCUGCGUAUCUGCUCAGUUUUUUAACACGCUGUCGUUUUAAAAAAAAAGAAAAAAGAAAGAAAGUUGCACACCUUUGCUGUCAAAUGGUAGCAGCACAGGUAGGGAAGAGGAUCCCGGAAGAACCCGUAGAGCAGGUUGCCAGAUUGUUUGCAUAGGCUUUUAUUCCAAAGUUAGCGAGCGUCGAUGGACUUUUUUGCCUCAUUACAAAAAGUAGGCUAGUUAUUCUCUCUUCAAGUUAUUGAUUUGAACGCGAAUGAGCGAAAAGAAGAAGAAGAUGAAGGAGCUGAGGAAGAAAAAGCUGUUCGUGGUGGUGGACGUGCUGUGCGUUGCAGUUGCGGCGCUGCCCUUCAUCAUAAUGUCCAUUGUGUUCAAGCCAUAUCAGAGAGGGGUUUACUGUGACGACGAGAGCAUCAUGUACCCCCUAAAACCAGACACCAUCACCCAUGGCAUGCUGGCGGCUGUCACCAUCUCCUGCACUGUCAUCAUUAUCUCCACUGGAGAGGCUUAUCUGGUCUACAGCAAGAGGGUUUACUCAAAUUCUGACUUCAACCAGUAUGUAGCUGCACUCUACAAGGUGGUGGGCACCUUCUUGUUUGGUGCAUGUGUUAGCCAGUCGCUCACCGACCUUGCCAAGUUCACCAUUGGCCGCCCGAGACCGAACUUCAUGGCCGUAUGUUUCCCUAAGGUCUGCACGGGAUACAUGCAGGUGAUCAACUGCACAGGCAAGCCUCAGGACGUCACUGAGUCCAGAUUGUCCUUCUACUCGGGUCACUCCUCUUUUGGAAUGUACUGCAUGCUCUUCCUUGCGCUUUACGUGCAGGCGAGACUUGUGGCUAAGUGGGCCAGACUUCUCCGGCCCACCAUCCAGUUCUUCCUGGUGGCCUUUGCGGUGUAUGUGGGUUACACCCGAGUCUCUGAUUACAAGCACCACUGGAGCGACGUGCUGGUGGGGCUGCUGCAGGGAGCGCUUGUUGCUGUACUCAAUGUGCACUUUGUGUCAGACUUCUUUAAGAAGCGUCCUCCUCGUUGCACAAGGCCAGACACAGCUGAUAGCGAAGAACCAGAGAGGAAACCCAGCCUGCAGAUUGUAGACUCCGAGCACAGCAACCAUUUCAACUAUCGCCACAAUCCAGGCCCUGUGUGAUAGGGGCUGACGCUAGGGAACAGAGGCUGCAGCCUGCAGACCCAAAACCUGUGUGAUAGGGUCCAACUCUAGGGCUUCAACCUUGAUUGUGCAGUCAACAGCGUUUAGUUCAGGGAAUUACCUGGGUCUUGACUCUAUUAGCUGCCCGCUGCAGACUCCUGAUGCUAUGUGAGGAGUCCUAUAGUGUGAGAUGUUAAAUUUUAAAGUGUCUACAUGAAUUCUGCAGCCAGCCCUUCGUAUGCCUUUGUGAAAGAAGUAAAAGGUAGAGAUCAGGUCUAUAGCUUGCAGCCUCCAAGCCCCAUGCUCCCUACCUCUGUGUCAACCACUCGCACCACACCUACUCCCCAACCACUGGACUGACUGAGGGGGCUGCAUCCCAUCGCCAGUGCCUGAGCCCCCUCUCAAAGACACCAUGAUGAUCUCCUAUCUCCCGUAAGAAAGAGAGAGGAGCAUGUUGUUUUUAAGACAUCAUUGUUGAUGUUGAAGUGUAUGUGCUUAAAGCUGCAUUAAGUGAAAGACUCCAAACCCACAGCAACAAAGCUAUAAUAUACUAAUGCCUUCUUAAGUGCCUGUGGCUUAUGUUUUAGCAGAUGUGAACAGCAGAAAUGCAGGAACAUGGGCAUCCCAAUUAGAGUCCUAUCCUUCCAACUGACAAAUGUAAGUCUGAUAUCCACUCACUUUUAUGCCACCACUUCCUGAGAAAAAGAUGGAUAUGUUUGGCUUGAUACAUGCUCCACUUACUUUACUUAUCACUUGUUCAUUAGGUGCAAUAAACAUGUGUUUCUCAGGCCAUGUUUGAAGGAAACCGCUGCCCACAGAUUUAUAUAAUGGAUUAGUGAGACUAGUUUCACUUAUAUGGAUUGAUGAACUAAAACAGCCUGAAAACUGCAGAGAUGUGGGACGGGAAGAUCUAGAUGUUGAUUCUCAGUGGGAUUCGUAGUACUAUAGCAACUAUUUUACUUACCAGGAGUUCUUUGAUUUUAUGUUAAUAUCAAAUAUAUCGCUUAAUGUAGCUUUAACAGUUUUUGUACGUUUUUGAUUUCUGUAUGUUAGGAGCCAAAUGUGUAGGCAGCGAUGAAAGAAAUGUAAGAACGAGAGGAUGAAAGAAAUGUAAGAAUGAGAGGAAGAAAGACAAGAAUGUUUAUAAAUGUAGGGAAAGGCACAGUUUGUUGUAAGUGCACCUUAAAAAAGAGGCUCCACACUAGAAGAGCAUUGCAAAUCAAAUAAAUUAUUUUAACGGCAAGUCCAUAGCAGAUGAGCUCAUUUUCUCCAUGUAUCAUGCCAUCCUGUUGGCAAAAAGGCUCACAAAUGAAUGUCAGCUGCAGGCCACCACAAAGCUGCUUUGAAAGGCGAUCUAUAUCGAACAUCUUAGGUCAGAUGUAAUUCUAUGAUCUGACAUUAGUUGACGAUACGUUUCUGCCAGCUCCCCUAACUGCCUCACAAACAGGUCUGGGUAUCUACUCUGAAAAACAAUGUAACCCUUUUAAAAGUGAAUACAAUUAUUGUUGACUCGCACUACAUUGAUCAACUCUGCUUCACUAGUAUGAGUGGAUUUCUACUCCCAGAAAUUAUUCUUAGUAUCAUGUUGUAUCAUUGCCCAAGUGUGUCCAGAUAAGUGCCUGACUUGUCGCAUCAUCUCUUCAGUGCCAAUUAGUCUGAAUCCGAACUAAGGAGAGGAGAUCAUAUACUGAGUCUUAAGGCCCUGGCACACCAAGGAGAUCGUCGAUCCAAGUUGGGCCGACGGUGAGUGUCAGUCUCCCCUAGUUUUUGCGUUGUGUCAUGCACCGUGGCCACGAAUCUGCCUUCGUCUGCCUUUUUUUGGCCAAUCAACGCUCGUUUCGGCGUUGGCGCAAGAAAUUAAUCUGGUUGGCUAUUCAGCUCAAGUGAAUUAGAACACGAGAAGAAAAAAUGUAGUGAGGAAAGCAAACAAAUGACUAUGAGCGCACACAGAAGGCGCUUCUAAUUUUUUAUCUUCAUAUCAUUUGAUCAAUCCAAUACAUAUGGAGCUGUCAAAACUGGCCAAAAAUGAUGUUUGAAUGUUCCUUUUUUUUUAAACGCCAUAAGAUGGUGGUUUCUCUUUUUUAAUGACGAAUAGAUUACCACCACCUGCCUGUCUGCCUGGUGUGUCAGGGCCUUAAAGGUUAAGGGCAGAUUUUAUGUCCAGACUAAGUCAGAUUCACCUUUAACAGUGGUGAUGCUUUUCUAAAAAUGUAUAUAUUUAAUUGUGGAGCUUGUGAAUGAAAUAUGUUUCCCCUGUGUGAAAUGGACUGCAGAGGUCGAAACCAUUGAUUGCAGAUAGCUUUCAUUUCUGUUGGACUUAUGUGCUAUACCACUACUUAAUUGCCAAUCAAAUAUUAAGCAAUUUGCUCUCUAUCUUGUCUUCUUUUUUCUGUUUUAUUGUUUUUUUAUUUCUCAAAUAAUAAUAAUUAAAGAAGGAUGAGACAACCAUUUUGAAAAUGGUGUUAAUUUAUUUUAAAUAAAAGAAGUUCUUUAUUUACUCUUGGUUGGAAAUGCCAGCGCUGUUUUUGUGCAAUCACCCCUGUACUGUAUAUACUAAUGCUAGGAGACAUGUUUCAUGUUGCAUAUAUAUGUGCUUGUAUGUUUUUAUUUCACAUGUAGGUGCAUUUUAAUUUCACCUGUACAGUGUGCUUUGGCCCGUGCCUUCUCAGACUGGUGGCUGGAGAAGUUUGCCACACAAACGGAUCCAAUUCCAGGUCCAAACAUAAGCCAGAUGCCUUGGCAGGGCUUUUAAAGGGCUGUUGUAAUGAUAAAGGGUUACAUACCCAACUGUGUUUUUGAAGCCAGUAACACUGCUCCGUUCCCACUUCAAAGAUUCGUCUGUGUUCCUCUCCCCAUUCCUGUGUUGAUAAAUGAGGUUACUUUGUGAAUAAGGUCUCCUGUACAGUUUAUGUACAGCAUGCAGACCCCUGGAGGACUGACAGCAGAUCUGAGAGACCACAAAGCUGAUAAGGGGGGGGACAGGAAGACCGAGAGAAUCUCACCUGGUAGUGAUUGUAAGGCCCCAACGCUGAGCUGAGACUAGAGAAAGGCAGGGUACUAUUGGGUUGGGGGGUGGGGAGUAUCCCAUGGGGAACCUUGGUCCCUGAGGACUUCUACACAUUUAAAACAGAUGUUUAACAAGAAACAACUGGAACUGGUUGCGAUGAAAUGCUGUGCAAGCCCCCACCCCUGCUCCCCCUAAAUCUAAAUCAUCGGAUUACUGCAGCCAGACUAAUAGCCCAAAUGAGGAUGAGGAUGUAGAAACGGCAUGGUGUUUGAUGCCUCUCCAGCUUCAUGAAAAACCAAGGUUCUCAGUUGUUCAUGUGGCUCCAUGUGUUAUUAUGCUUUAUUGGAUCAGUGCCUUAAAGUAGGCACUGGUUGGCCAAUCUCCUGUUUAUAUGUCCAUUUGUAGGUAAGAUUCACAUUGUUUGCUUUUUGUGUAAAGAUGAUAUCUAUAGGCUUUAAACCAGAGAAUUUUAAAUAAAGGUAUAAUCCACAUUCA